ACAGUACACCAUAGAAGCACCGUAUUAUUCUCUCCUCUUCUUCUUCCUUGUUCAGACUGUAACAAAACCCUAAGGUUCACAGAGAGCGACGCAAGCUUCUCGUGUUUCUUCCGAUCAGCACCGUGCAGAAAAUCAAAACGCGGCGUUUCUGGAGUGAGCAGCGAGAAUCUGGUACACUGGUUUUGAAAUUUCUUCUUCUCAGGUGCAAUGGAUUGGGGUUUUGUGCAUAAGACAUGGGAUAAAUGGGCUUCUACAAACAUUGGUUAUUCUGGUUAUCCUUUGAAAGCUGCAUUGCUAAUCAAUUAUGACCCAACUGGACCGUCUCGCUUGUUAUCUACAAUUGCUGAACAAGAAGGAAUGAAAGCCAAUCCCAUUGAAUUGAGCCACUUUGUGAACUUCAUCAAACACAAUAAACUCCAGACAGAGAACUUCAUUAUUGGGUCCAAUCAGUACUUGGUCACGUCGAUUCACGAGAAUUGGUUUAGUGCAAGGUGCAUAAACACAUUAAAGGCUGCUGGGGAAGGUGCAAUUGUUAUGCAAACAGCAGCAUAUAUCUUGGUUGCUCUGUAUGAAGGUUCGAUCGGUCCAGCAUCUCGUGCAAUGGCAGCUGCUGAUCAGUUAACUUGGCAAUUAGGGCGAAAAAAUCUGUAGAAUUGUCCACGUCGUCCAGAUAUGUAGCAUGCACAUGCCUUCGGUUUUUCCCUUCCAGUUUUUGUUCAGACUGUUGUGGCCAAGGACUAUGAUCUACGUCCUUAAAUAGGCGAGUUCAUAGAUAUGCUUCCAAUGUUUUUAGAUUUUCUGCGGAGAAGUUAUUUUUGUGGGGUCUUAAGUGCAGGGAACUCAUUUGCAUUGUUAUGAUUAAGGAAGUAUAUGAACUACAUGAUAUUGAUCUUCUCAUGGCACAUGAUAGAGUUCUUACAUGAGAGGAUCCUGAUCCAUGUACUUCAUGAGUAUUGUAGAUUUUUUCUUGGAUAAUUCAUCUCUCAUAUGUGUAUCUUUGGAGUUCUCCAAUCCACGUUAAGCUGAAAGUUAUUCAUUAUAUAU